AUGCGCUGCCGCUGCCUCCGCUCGGGCUCCGCCACGGGCGCCGCGGGCGCCGAAGCCCGGGAGCGCGGCGAGCGCGGCGAGCGCGGCGAGCGCAGCCGCAGCCCCUGCCAGCGGCGCGAGCGGCAGGAGUUCUGCCAGCAUUGCUCCAAGGCGGACGCGGAGCACGGGCCGCUGUCGGACGGGCUGCUGCCCUUCGCCGUGUGCCAGGCAGUGACCACGGCAGUCUGGACCGCCGCCAGGAAGCAGGCGGAAUCGGCGCACCGCGACGUGGCGCUGCGGUUCCCGCUGUCCCUGGGCAGCGAGGCGAGCCAAACCCAGCCGGACGAGCUCUGCGUGGAGGCGGCCGGCGCCUCGCUCGAGGCCGCCGAAGAGGUGGUUUCGUUGGCGCUGUCGACCCUGACCACUGCCCUGAAAGAGAGCGGCUGGGAGGCGGAGCGCUUGGGAGCGGCCGUGUGUGCAGCCCUGCGUCGCAGCAGGCCGCGGCCCAUCGGAGGCUCCGCGUGCCCGGCGGAGGAUGUGUUGGUGGCCAGGGUGCGGACCAUGUCGCUGUGCGCUGUGGCCUACUGGCGCCAGGUCUCUCAGGACCUGGGCAAGGCCGCGGCGAGUUUGGCCCGAUACCUCGAGCAGCACCGCAGGCUCUACUGGCGGCGGCCGCCCUAUCGAGGGGUGAACUUGGGCGGGUGGCUGCUCCUGGAGCCUGGGCCCAGCCACGAGCUCUUCCAGCUCCACGGGACGAAUGCCAACCGCUGCGAGUGGAGCCUGCUGAGGACCAUGCGUGAGCGGCUGGGCGCUGAGAAGACCACAGAGGUGCUGCACGCACACCGCAGCACCUUCCUGACAGAGGAGGACUUCCGCCAGAUCCGCGCCCGGGGCUUCAACGCGGUGCGCAUCCCCUUUGGAUACUGGGUGGUGUGUGGCGCGUCUGGUGGGGACCCCUACGUGGGCCCCGGCCUGGAGUUCUUGGACCGGGCCCUGACCUGGUGCAGGCAGCUGGGCCUGCAAGCGCUGCUGGACCUGCACGGUGCCCCGGGGGGCGAGAGCGCGGAGGCGCCCUGCGGCCGCGAGAGCUCCAAGUGGCGGUGGCAGCUCUGGCGCUUCGACGAGUCCCUGGAAGCUCUGCGGAUCUUGGCGCAGAGGUAUAAAGGCCACCCUGCAGUCACGGGCAUCUCCGUGUGCAACGAGCCCAGUGAGAAGGUUCCCGCGGAGGUUUUGUGCAAGUUCUACGAUCAAGCCGUCCGAGCCAUCCGCACGGCCGGGAUGCCCCCGGAGGAGGUGAGCAUAGUGCUUCCCAUCUAUCGCACCGAGCGCCUAGACGAGAUCUGGCGAGUCUGGAGCAAGACGUUCGAUGGCUUCGCGCGGCAUGCCAACGUGGCUUUCGACCUUCAUCUCUACCACUGCUUCGGCGCCUGGUGGCACCGCCAGGGCCUGGGGUCUCAUCUGCGCAUGGCCAAGCGGGACCGCAAGAUCCUGCGGCGCGUGCCUGCGGUGGUCGGGGAGUGGAGCCUGGCGUUGCCGCAGAAGGCGGUGGCGCAGGCGGACCACGAGGACCAGGCAUACAAGGCCUUUGCCAGUGCUCAGCUCCAAGCGUACAGCCACGCUUCACAUGGCUGGUUCUUUUGGAAUUGGUGCGACAGCCCGGAGCACCACCCCGGGUGGGAUGCGCGGACUUGCCUGAAGCGCCAGUGGCUGGAAUUGGAAUGA